UGCUUCAAUUCUAGACAUAAGUGACAUACCAGGCGUGGCGUGUGCCCUGUCGGAUACAUGCCUUAGUAUGUCUUGCUGCAUAUUUUCAAAUAUACUCAAACGUUCCUUUGAACUUAGUUUCGAAAUAGAUGUUUGCCGAUAUGUUCUUGAACUGCAGAUUGAAUCUUAUAAAUCUACCCUGUUGCUUGAUACCUCGGAACUUGGUGAUUGGAAGUUCUUUACUCUUCAGGGACUGCUAAAGAUAAGUUAUCGCAUGAUAGACGUAUUUGAAGAUAAUAUUUUUAUCAUCGAUGCAACUGUGAAACUAUGUCUCUCUGAUAGCGAAUCAUGUGUGGUCGAUAUUCCAAUUUUACAAAGAAAAGUGGUUACAAAACCGUUUUGUCAAUCUGAGAUAGGAUUUCAAAUACCAGAUUUUUCACUUGCAAAAUGGCUUGAAGAUCAAGGUUCAAACAGCGCAGUAUCAGUCCUGCCUAAGGAUAUCGUUAGCAAAUUACUGGAUGACUUACACAUUUCAAAAUUCCUGAGUCUGGGUAGAUGUACGGCAUCUAAUCCUGCAUGGAAAUCCGAUUGUGAAUUUGUCAAAAGCGAAGUUGUGUUGCCACCUGGAUUAUCCUGUAGUCUGGACAAUUCAUGUAAAAAUAUUGCUUGCUGCGUAGAAUUUGCUCAACUACAGUUAAUGUUGGCGUUCAGCUUCAACUUUGAUGUGUGCAACUUGGAAUUUACCACACGUAUAGAAGAUAUAACAAAAACUGAAUCAAUCCUAAAGUUUUCAUUUAACACCGAACAUAUUAUGGACCUAUAUGGAAUCUUGAAAUUAAAGUAUAAGAUAUUCGAGUUGAAAGGAGCUGGACUAUUCUCAAUUGACGUAAACUAUAGAAUGUGUUUAGACGCCUUAAACUGUACCACAGAAACAUCAGUGUUUAACAACCUUCAGAUACCCAAAUCUGCUUGUGACUGGAAUUCCAGCAUGAUAUACGAAUCAGUUGAGGACUUCUUUCAGGUUAUUGAUAUAUCGACGGCAGAUGUUUUACAGGGAGAAAUUAUUGAUAUGUUUCUGCAUAAAACUGGACUCAACAUUUUCAUGUCAGACGAGCCCUGUGUUUUGUCAUCGUUGGCCAUUACAACUUUCGAGCAUGAACAAAAAUGUUCUACAAUACAAGUUCCUGUGGGUAUGGAAAACAAAAUGACAUGUGUAUAUGACGAAAGCUGCACCUCGAUGACGUGUUGCUUGAACGCUGAAUUCAUACAACGGACAAUUUCAUUCGGAUUCAAAAUUAAUACAUGUGCUAAGAAGUUAAAUAUCUAUAUUGAAAGCCUGCAGUACGAUUAUGAGUUUACCGACGAUAUGUAUGGAAGGGAACAUACAAUAAGCCUUAAAGGCAUUAUUGAUCUUAAGACAAAGUUUGACUUUAUUUCUGUAACUAAUGUAUUAGUUAUAAACGUUGGUGUAAAAUUAUGUUGGGACAAAAGCUCGUGUGUCAUUGAUGCAAUGUUAUUAGAUGGAGUAAAGUUAUACGUACCAUUGUGUGAUUGGGACAGCAACAUUCUUAUUAACGGAUUUUCGCUUUUAAACUGGAAGGCUGAUAAUGGUUUAGGCAGUGCUGACAACAUAGACGGCUUAUUGUCUGAUCAGUUAUUUGAACACCUACAACUUGCACAAUACCUAGGGGCGCAGUGCGAUACCGAUGAUUUUGGUAGUUCAAUCACACCAACAGAUUGUGCCCUUGGUUUACCAAGCUGGUUUGACGAUAACGCUGAAUUGCAGUGCGGGUUUCAAAACUCUUGUUCAAAUAUUUCCUGUUGUCUUAUGAUGAAGCCGCUUGGCCGUUCAUUUACAAUAAACGUUGACAUUCAACCCUGCGAGUUCCAGAUCUCGAUUUCAAUUGAAAAGUUUAAGAAGGUCGUUUCACUGAAUGACUAUCAAUGGGAUGCUAGCGAAAGAGUCACUUUAAUCGGCAUGUUAUCUGUGACAUAUGCUAUAGUUGAUGUUACUGCAGAAAAUGCCUAUGUGGUUACUUUGAAAUUAUCAUUAUGUCUUGACGAAUCUGAUUGCCUUUUCGAUGAUACUGUGUUAGAUAAUCAAAUGAUCAAAAAGGAAACCUGCCACUGGGAAGAUUAUUCACUACCAUCAGAGUUCAGUCUUUCUGAAUGGGCAGAAAACAGAGGUUUAGACCCAAGCCAAUUGUUUCAAGACGGAACACAAUAUCUUAUGGAAAAACUCGCUAUAGACAGAUUUCUCCUGCAACCAUCAUGCAGUUUACGGGAUAAUAUCUAUUUGAACGACGUAGUCAGUUCAGGUUGCUCACAUGUAGAUACAUUUACAUCGCUAUUGCCUAUAGCUGCCUGCCGAUUGUCAGAUGAGUGUUUAAAUCUAGAAUGUUGUAUAGAUCCACCAAACAUCAAUCGCCGUUUUAAAGUUCAAUUUAAAUUUGAUCCAUGUAACUACAAGUAUGAAGUAAACAUCGAAAAACUUACUUUUGAAAAUAGUCUGUUUGAUGUUGAUCUUUCCACCGAGAAAACAUUUUCGUUACAUGGAGUUGUAACCAUUAGAUACCAAGUAGAAGAUUUCGCAGUCGAUAAUAUUUACAAGGUCAAUCUUGGAAUAAAAAUAUGCCUUGAUGUCGUCACAUGCCCAGUUGACGAGCAGGUUUUAGACAAUGCUCUGAUAACAAAACCAACAUGUUUCACAAAACUAAAACAAGACUACAAAAUAAAAGAAUUUUCGCUGAAUAAAUGGAUGGAUAGAUAUAACACAAGUUUCUCAAAGAACGUUCAGCUUAUGCUAAUGAGUGACCUCGGUAUCACAGAUUAUCUUAAUAACGACGAAUGUACAAUUGGUCAGGUCGGCUGGAAUAAAGAUAAGUGUGCACUGAGUUUGUCUUUACUUGAGCAGCAGCUCUUCGACAUGUCAUGUUCGUUAUCAGCGAAGUGUACAGAGUUUUCUUGUUGCGUACCAGUACCGUUUAUCAACAGAAAUGUUGGAAUUGAUGUAAAUGUUGAUCCAUGUGCAUUGACGAUGGAUAUAAGCGUCGAAAGGCUUAGAUACUCUUUCAGUUUGAUUGACUAUAAUUUUGGAAGGCCAGAAUACGUUUGGCUUUCGGGAGUUUUACGACUUACGUUCACAAUCCAUGACAUUGCUCAGAAAAAUGAAUAUUUAUUGUCCGUGAACUUCGAAGAAUGUUGGGAAUAUAACGACGUUUGCUCAAAAGAAUACAGUAUAUUAACAAACCAACGUUUACCAAAGCAAAUUUGCAACAGUACAAGCGGCUUUAAUAUUCCAGGUUCACGCAAGAUGGGUACCACGCUUAUUGAAAGAUCACGAGAUGGAAAAGAAGAGUAA